ACAUCUCACAAUGGGUUCCGUCGUUUUGCCGCAUCUCAACUCGGGCUGGCAUGUCGACCAGGCCAUCUUAUCAGAGGAGGAUCGUCUUGUCGUCAUCCGGUUUGGACGUGAUCACGACCGAGUAAGAGACUGCAUGUUGCAAGAUGAAGUUCUCUACAAAAUAGCUGAUCGCGUCAAGAACUUUGCCGUCAUUUACCUCUGCGACAUUGACCAGGUCCCUGAUUUCAACGCCAUGUACGAGCUCUACGACCCUUGCUCUAUCCUCUUCUUCUUCCGCAACAAGCACAUGAUGUGCGAUUUCGGCACCGGUAACAACAACAAGCUCAACUGGGUGCUGGAGGACAAGCAGGAGCUCAUUGACAUCAUUGAGACGAUUUACCGGGGAGCGAAGAAGGGCAGAGGUCUGGUGGUCAGCCCGAAGGAUUACAGCACGAGGCAUCGAUACUGAGUCGUGGUGU